AUGCCCGAAGUCUUCGCCGUCCCUGUCUUCUUCAUCGUCUUCAGAGAGACGCUGGAAACCACCAUUGUCGUCUCGGUCCUGCUAUCCUUUCUCAAGCAGCAGCUGGGGCCCGAUCGAGACAAGAAUGUUUAUAAGAAACUGCGGAACCAGAUCUGGUACGGCACCCUAGUAGGAUUCGUAAUAUGUCUGAUCGUGGGCUGCGGAAUGAUCGGCGCCUUCUAUGGCAUUGGCACCAACACCUGGGGCUCCACCGAGAACCUCUGGGAGGGCGUCUUUGCGCUCGUUGCCUCCAUCAUCAUUGCAGUCAUGGGGGCCGCUCUCCUGCGCGUCUCCAAAAUGCAGGCUAAAUGGAGGGUCAAGCUUGCAAAGGCCCUGGAAGCCAAGGAUAACACACACGGCAGACUCGGCCGUCGCAUCAAGGGCUGGGCCGAGAAGUAUGCCAUGUUCCUCCUCCCCUUCAUCACCAUCCUGCGCGAGGGGAUCGAAGCCAUAGUCUUUAUCGGGGGCGUCAGUCUCGGUGUCCAGGCUAGCUCGAUUCCGUUACCCGCAGUCUGCGGUGUCGCGGCUGGAUGCGCGGUGGGCUUCAUCAUCUACAAGGGCGGCAAUAUGGCCCCCUUGCAGUUCUUCCUCAUUGCCAGCACCUGCUUCCUCUAUCUCGUCGCGGCCGGUCUCUUUUCUCGGAGCAUCUGGUACUUUGAGAACAACGCCUUCAACAGGGCCACCGGGGGCGAUGCCGCCGAGAACGGCUCUGGCCCAGGCUCAUACGACAUCCGGUCCAUCGUCUGGCACGUGAACUGCUGCAAUCCGGUGCUGAACGGCGGCGGCGGCUGGGGCAUCUUCAAUGCCAUCUUGGGCUGGCAAAACAGCGCCACCUACGGCAGCGUCAUCGGAUACAACGUUUUCUGGAUCAUGGUCAUCGCGGGCUUCGUCCUGUUGAGGUUCAAGGAGACCAGAGGGCACUACCCAUUUAUGAAACCCAAGGCUGCGGAUGUCGCAGUCACCGAAGAGAGAUCGAGUGAUGGCGAGUCCAGCGGCUUUGGCCGGGUCGAGGAAAUGGUGGUCAUAGAAGUAGAGCCAAAAGGGGCCGCAAGCCAUGCCUGA